GAGGCCAGGCUGGAUGGGGCCCUGGGCAGCCUGGGCUGCUGUGAGACGUGGGGAGGUUGGCAGCAGGGUGGGGUUGGAGCUCCGUGAGCCUGGAGUCCCUUCCAAGCCCGGCCAUUUGGUGUACAGCAAAACAUGCGGUGAGGUGCCCUUGGUGCCGAGGGCGAUGCCGUAGUGCUGAUGGCCUUUGGUAACGGAGCAGAAGGAGCCCAUGCAGAGCAUGGCUGUGCGCUGAGCUCUCUCCCGUCUUCAUGCAGCGGUUGCUGUGGCAGGCCGGCCCUUGCAGGAGGAGCAGCACCGUGUUGGUUGCGCCGUACUGCCCAGCUGUAGGGGCAGCUCAGCAGUUGCUGUGGCUCUCCAGCACUGCGCCUGUGCGGCCCCACGAGGAGAGCAGAACGGAGUGGUGCUGUUGGUGUCCAUUGGGCUGCGGGGAUUUCUGGCUGCCGACAUCCCGGCGCGUUGCUGCUGUUCUCAGUCUCUCUCAUUAUCCUCGCAUUAACUCACAACUCUUGCUUACGGAGCCCCGAAUGGCCCUCAGACCCCACGGCCCUCAGACCACAGAGGGCUGCGCAUGGCGCACAGCGCUGAGCUCACAGGGCUGGGGAGGAGCACAGCCUGCGCUGCUGGCACCCACUGCCUGCUGUUGCUAUUGCAGGAGCUGAUGACGGUGUUCCAACUGCUGCACUGGAACGGCAGCCUGAAGGCCAUGCGGGAGCGGCAGUGCUCACGGCAGGAGGUCCUGGCUCAUUACUCCCACCGCGCUCUGGACGACGACAUCCGACAGCAGAUGGCCAUGGACUGGGUGAACAGGGAGCAGAGCAGCCCGGGGGCCCUGUCCCGUGAGCUGGCUUCCACCGAGAGGGAGCUGGACGAGGCUCGCCUGGCGGGGAAGGAGCUGCGCUUCCACAAGGAGAGGAAGGACAUCCUGAUGCUGGCGGCCGGGCAGCUGGGCAGCAUGCACUCCUCGGGCUGCUGAGCUCCACGUCAGCCCUCCUCCCAGCGCCGCGCAGGGCUCUGCUGCUCUCACUCCUCUGCCGGGGGCCCUUUUGCACAAUUUAAACAUUUCUUGCCUUUUUUUUUUUCUUUGUAAAGAGCCCAAACAGA